AAUAUUUGUUUGAACUAGCAAGACUGUCUAUUAUUUAGCUAUCCUGGCAUUUCUCUUUUGCCACACAGACAGCUAAUUCAUACUAGACUAGCAAUAUGAGUAGAAGACUUAAAAUAACAGCCAGGUCGAGGCUACAAAUAGUAAAAAACCCUCAAUUCAUCGCAGAGGCGUACACUUUCGAAGAUGACUCCAAGGCCACCACCGGUGUCGACUCCGCUGAGGCAGAGGAGACCCACUUACAGAACGCGAUAAGCGCGUCGAAACAGAGGAACGCUAGGCAGAACCAGCAGGUUAUUUCUUCUCCAAAGAAGAAUAAAUCUACACCUCAGUCAAAGCCUCAGGAAGACGACGCUUUAGGUAUUAUUCCAACUCCGGACGCCACUGGUAGAGUCACAAAUUAUGAGAAACUUUACAAGCCUUUGCCCGCUCCUGAAGCCUGGUCCUAUAUCAAGUACAGCGACACCAUAGAGGAAGCCCAGCUCGGUGGUUUGAUCUAUACUAUCGAUGAGCGUGACUUUAGGUUCAUUCAGGAGCAUAACAAGGCUGUAAAAGGCGAAGGAACAUCCACCGAUGGUAGUAAGAACGACAGUGAUAGCAAGAACACUGAUAUGCUCAUUGAAGAAGACACUUUUGAGCUGAUUAUGAGUGUCUUUGAGAAAGUGACCGAUGAUAUUGCUCCCACUCUGCAUACAGACAUCUCAAGAAUUCCUGAAUUCUCAGAGUUUGAAUCUCACUUUAGAAAGUCGGAUUUCCUUGAUUACUUUCCAAACAUCGCACCCCUUAAAUUAACCCUCACCCCCGACAACCUCGUAAAGCUUGGUCAGAUCAUCUAUCAGCACUGGCGUGCUCGUCGUGUAAGACGACAAGGAAAACCUAUACACCCACAACUAAACUAUGAUGAGAGCAACGAUGGCGAUCCAUACGUUUGCUUCAGACGUAGAGAAGUUAAACCAGUGAGGAAGACAAGAAGAGCUGAUUUACAAUCCGUCGAGAAGAUGGAGAAACUACAAAAGGAGUUGCUCGCAGCUCAACAACUCGUUGUUAGUGUAAUUGAAAGAGAGAAGAAGAAAAUUGAAGCAGUUGAAAUGGACAGAGGUAUUAGUAAUCUUCGUCAUAAACUAAGAAACGUCAAGAGGAAACAGGGCGUUAUUGGUCCUGACGAUGGUAAAGCUGAUGAUGAGUUGUUAACUGGAACUAAACCAAAGAGGAUCAAGGUUGAUUCUAAGUUGACUAACAAGAGAACGACGGGAUCACCUGCUGUUAGUGUGUCAGCCGAUAAAGGAUCUGUACCAAUCGCUGCACUCAUUGAGAAGCACAUACUGGCUAAGCGUGAAGCUGAUCAGAUGUGGGAAGAUUUCAGCGAUCCUUCACAAUCAUCGAGUAACUUCCCUGGUGCUAGAUUCUUUCGCUCGCUGUCAAGUCAUGCUGAGCAUGAUGAUGAAAUGGGCAGAAGAUCGUUUAGAAUGAGAAUUGGAAGGGGUGGUAGAAGAAUACUUGAUAGGCGUCAUCCAUUCAUCGACAAUGAUGAAGAUGCUUUGGUACACUUAAACGAUGAUGAGAAGAGAAUGAGACAAUUACAGAAGUUCGAUUCGAAUGUGGUACUCAAAAGUAAUAUCAAGGGAUUAGGUCCAACAUUUGGUGAAGAUGGUAACAACCUACUUGUUGAUGACUAUGAUGAAAGGUUUAUGCGAUAUCGCGCUUCACUUCUUAAUGAAGAAGAUAUCAAGAAUCUUACAGCAUCUACACCAAGCGUUGAUGCAGCUAUGCAAGCAGCCUUGGCGCCACCGGUGCCACUUCCUCACUAUACUAUAGUGCGACCUAAUGCCAGCAGCAAAGCUCAACAAUUGCAGCGGAAUAACUCGAAUGCUUCAAAUGUUCAGAAUUCUGGAAAGCCUCAGGUUGCUCAGCAUUUGAUAAGAAAAGCUUCACAACAGAACGCCCAAGGUGCACCACUUCAGAGAAACAAUUCAGCAAUGAAUGGUACAACAGCAGCACCGGCACCGACAGCAUCAAAGCAACCAACACCUAAACCACCAACACCACAAAUGAACGGAAAUACUGCACUUCCAAACAGCAAUGCUACGUAUAACACUAUACAGCAAUUGCUUGCUGUACAACAACAACAGCAACAGCAUCAGCAACCUCAAAAUCCAGCUCAAUUGAAUGCAUUAUUGCAAUCAACGAAAACACAACAACAAUUAAAUCAAAUGAGGCAGUUAAUAGCUAAUCAAAAUAACAAUAACAAUGCAUCAAAUAAUCAAUUAAAUCAACAACAGAUGCUAGCAGCUUUGAUUGCCAAGCAACAGCAGCAAUCAAGACAACCGCAGGCGUCACAACAACAGACUAAUGCAGGUGGUAUGACAGCCCAACAAAUAGCUUCAAAUCCACAAUUAGCUGCUUUUUGGAGACAGCAGUUGUUAGCUCACCAACAAGCACAAUUACAACAAUCGAACCAGUCAAGUAAUGGUGCAGGUUAGAUUGUUACAAUUGAGCAAUAAC